UCAAGUCAUUUGAGCUGCAUGUAGCAACAUCAGGAUAACAUUAAUAACUGAUAUAUGAGCAGAUUAUAGUCGAGCAGACUUUAAUAUUUUGCCACCUUGUAGCUGCAUAAAUUAAAGGUAUAUGAGCAUGAAAGGUUUGUACUGCAGAGCUGGUGUGGACGAUGCUGAGCCCAAGUUCGUUAUUCAGGAAACGAGUCUCCCAGAGGUUUUAGGCAGCCAUGUGGUCAGAGUUCAGGUAAAGGCGUGUGGACUCAGCCCACUGGACCUCAAGCUGCUUGACGACAUGGGGAUCCAGAGAGAUUUAAUUCCUGUUGGCAGAGAGGUGGCCGGGGUCGUCCUGCAAGUGGGCGAUAAGGUGUCUUUCUUCCAGCCGGAGGAUGAGGUUGUAGGUAUUCUUCCUCUGGACUCUCCCUGCUCCGGACUGUGCGAUGUCAUUGACAUAGAUGAACACUAUUUAGUUCAGAAGCCAGAGAAGCUCAGCUCGGUGUGUGUUGCCGGAGCGCUGCGUGCCGGUCUCUCUGCUUACACUGCUCUGCACACACACGCUCGCAUGGCAGCCGGACACACACUCCUGGUCAUGGACGGAGCCAGUUCUUUCAGCCUCAUGUGCAUCCAGUUGGCUUGUUACCACGGAGUGAAGGUUUUAACAACAUCUCACUCACCGCAAAAACACACAUUCCUGGAGCAGCUUCGGCCGAGCGUAGGUGUUCAGGAGCCUUUAGUAGCUAAGGUUAUUCCAGUUUAUAAUGACUCAUCGGACCUGCUGCCCGUGGUUCUGGAGGAGACGGGAGGACUGGGAGUGGAUAUAGUCAUAGACUCUGGAGUGCGUCUACAUGAUGAAGAGUCAGAGGAGACGAAGCUCUUCCCGCACAAACAUGACAUCAUCAGUGUGCUGGGAGUCGGGGGUCACUGGGUCACAUCCCACAAAGACCUGCAGUUGGAUCCUCCAGAUUGCAGACUGCUGUACUUAAAAUCAGCCUCCAUGUCUUUCCUUAACCACGAAGUGUGGACGGCUUCAUCAGCGCAGCAAGGAAGAUACCUCCAUAUUCUGAAGGACAUUGUAGAGAAGAUGGCGGCUGGAGUUCUCAGACCUCAGCCUGAGGAGGCGGUACCUCUCUAUGAAGCCACAGUUGCCAUGGAGACUGUCCAGCGUCACCAGAAAGAAAAGGCUGUCAUCCAACUCUGAACACAUUUGUCCGGGAUCCACAGGAAUCCUACCCUCUGGGUUUCAACUGGUUAACUUGACAAGGGAACAAUUAAAAAACGUGAUUUUUGUGUGUGAAUUAUUUUUUGGGCCUCAAACCUAAAAAAUCACAUUAUGUGGAACGGAGGCAAACAUCAUGAGCUAAAACUGAGAAAAACACACUCAUAUUAAAACCUGAGGUCAGAGUCAGCUCUGACCAAACACUUUAAACACAACAAAAAAAACCUUUGAUCGGCUCCUGAUGUGUGACGGUUUCGUGUCACUUUAAUGCGACGACUCACAUUAAUCUGUCUGGUCAUUGUUUGUUGCAUCAUGUUUCUUUGAGAGUUCACAAAGCGUCAUUUGAUUCAAUAAAUACAUUGGUAACGAU